AGACGCUCGCGCUUCCUCUCUCAGCGCCCGGUCUGCAGGGUGUUGGAAUCACCGAGGGAGAGGGGGACAGAGCCAGCGCUCAGCGCCUGCCACCAGUGGGGGACGCAUUUCGGCGAAACGGAACACCAGAGUGGUUCCCUAGGGCCAGUCCAUCGAGGCUGAAGUCCAGAAACCUGGAGAGACCUUCAGCUGUAAUCUGAAAAAUCCAAAAUGGCCACCCUGCCCCCACUGCCCAUGACACGGCCAAAGCUCACAGCCUUAGCCAGACAGAAGCUGCCAUGCUCCCCCAGAACAAUUCCAAGGUCUCAAUUGAUCAAAGAAAAAGACGACAUAGAUCAUUAUCUGGAGGUGAAUUUCAAAGGAUUGUCAAAAGAGGAAGUUGCUGCUUACCGAAACUCGUACAAGAAGAACAUCUGCGUAGACAUGCUGCGAGAUGGUUAUCACAAGUCCUUCACCGAGCUCUUCGCUCUGAUGGAGAAGUGGGAUGCUCAGAGGGAGGCUGCGAGACUAAGUUCCCUCCUCUGUGUGCAGAGGCCCCUGGAAGAGCAGCCUGACAAGCUGGAUCACUUCUACCACUACCUGACCAGGGCCGAGGCAGCCGAAAGGAAAGAAUACUUUGAAGAGGUCUAUAAUAACUUGUAUGCUCUGGCCUGUUACUUCAAUAAUUCUGAAGACAAGUGGGUAAGGAACCACUUCUACGAACGAUGUUUUAAGAUUGCUCAACUCAUCAAAGUUGAUGGUGGGAAGAAGGAAGCAGAGGCGCACGCACACAUGGGGCUUCUCUUUGAGGAAGAAGGUCAGCUUCUGGAAGCUGCGGAACAUUAUGAAGCCUUCCAUCAGCUGACGCAAGGGCGGAUAUGGACGGACGAGACAGGCCGCUUUCUCAACUUGCUGGCCUGUGAGAGUCUCCUGAGGACUUACAGAUUACUCUCAGACAAAAUGCUGGAAAAUAAAGAAUACAAACAGGCCAUCAGAAUUCUAAUAAAAGCUUCUGAAAUAGCCAAAGCAGGAAAUGACAAAAAAAUGGAAGGAGAAGCUUCCUAUUACUUGGGCUUAGCACACUUGGCUGCUGGGGAGUAUGAAACAGCAUUAGCAGUCCUUAACACUUACGGUAAAAUCUCUGCAGACCUGGAUGAUGAUCUGAGCCUGGGGAGAGCCUAUGAAGCCACGGCCAAGGUCCUGCAGAGCCAAGGACAGAUGACAGAAGCAAUUCAAUACCUGAAAAAAGUUGUGAACAUUGCAAGAAACAAUUUUCAAAGCCUAGAUUUUGUGAGAGCAAGUACAAUGCUCGGCGACAUCUUCAAUGAAAAAGGCUCCUACCACAAAGCUUCUGAAUACUUUCAGCAAGCUUUUGACACUACAGCAGAGCUAACAAACGUACCUCUGAUGGAUGAAACAAAAGUUCAUUAUGGAAUAGCAAAAGCUCAUCAGAUGAUGCUGACGGUUAAUAAUUAUAUAGAAUCUGCAGAUCUCACCAGUCUGGACUACCUGCUGUCAUGGAAGGAGAGUAGAAGUGACAUUGCACCUGAUCCAGUUGUUGGAGGGUCAAGAAGAUCCACAAUGGAAGGUUUAUAUCAAACAUCAGAGUUUUUGGAAGAAGAACACAGUGGAUAACCGCCCAAAAAAACAGCUUUGACUCAACAACAAAGCAAGAAGAAAUACAUCAUAUCACUUUUAGCCCUUGAGACCUAUAAUAGGAAUGUGUUACAAAUAAUACAGAUAGAGUUAUAAUGAAACUA